CAACGCUUCAUGUAACAAUGGUUACAAUCUUACAACCUCGAAGCAUAUAGACGCUUCUGUCUAGUACGAGUUAAACAGAACCACAAUUCGUAAACUUUCGGAUAAAGGUGGUCUGGUAUGUAUUUUAAUUCUUCAAAGGAUCGUUUUGACUGUUUGUGGGAUACGGUUAUGGGGGUGAGUUUCGGUGUUCUGAAAAAAGCCUGUUGCUGAUUUCACAACCCUGCUCGCUCCCUUUUCAAGAAGUGAUGCUGUGUCUCAUCCCUCUGCGCUGCCACGGUAGCAGAAAAUGCAGCCGUUUUUAGUUUGAUUGUGGUUUAUAUAAACACCUGAAACUAAGGUACUGACAGUACGUUCAGAUGUCUGCAAGUUUUAUGUAGCUGUCUAAUCAUAAGCAAGCAGAGGCCAUUCAAUUUUCAUGCAGAAUAUCGUUAAGGCGAGUGAGUGGCCAAAGGGAAAGUGAAAGAUCUGACAGCUGUCCAAUCAUUCAUGAGCAGGCAGGGUGUUAAUAUGCCAGGGAAGAUGCAUGUGUCUCUGGCGGAGGCCUUGGAGGUGCGGGGAGGGCCCCUGCAGGAAGAUGAGAUCUGGGCCAUCCUGAGUCAGAGUACAGAGAGCCUCCAGGAGCUCCUCCGCAAAGCUGACCUUGCUGCUCUGGGUUUCAUCAUCUCCCCCUGGUCUCUGCUGCUGCUCCCGUCUGGUAAUGUCUCCUUUACUGACGAGAACGUUGCACACCAGGACAUCCGAGCUUUCACAGCACCUGAAAUUCUCCAGGGACAGUCCUUGUCUUCACUAUCUGAUAUAGAAAAGAUUCACAUUUACUCGCUUGGGAUGACUUUGUUUUGGGGAGCUGACUAUGAAGUACCUCAGAGCCAGCCAAUGAAGCUUGGGGAGCAUCUCAAUAGCAUGUUGCUGAACAUGUGUGAGGAUACUGUUUACACCAGAGUGUCUGUGCGGACAGUUUUGGAUGCCUGCAGUGCUCAUAUCAGGAACACCAAUUGUGAGCCCUCAUUCUGCUACGUGAGAAAGCUGGUUAGACUGGUGUUGGGCAGCCUCACUAGGUUGGAUGGCCUGUUAUCAAGUGGUGACAAGGAGGCCCUGCCAGACCGGAGUAGAGAGAUUCGAGAUCGUUUGAGAGGAAAAGGGCUGCCUGCAGGAAGAAGCACAACCCUGAACGCUGUGGAAAAGUACAAAGCUCGGUUUCACGAGCAGGCCUCCCUGAACCGAGGUCUCAGUAAAUCCAUGGGGUUCCUGGCUAUCGGCAACAAACCGAGGGAGGAGGAAGACUGUCCUCCUUGCACGUCCUCGGAUUAUAAUUCUGGGCACGAGGACGUGGUGGAUGAGAGUCACCAGCAGGGAGGUAAGCUGGGCAGAAUGAACAAAAGACCACUUUACCGCAAUGAGGAUUAUGGAUGCAGUAAAAAAAACUGGGCCUCCUCCAUGGACUUGGAUUACCCUGACCCAGCGGUUGUCAGACAUGCCGGAAUGGAUGACAGAGUCGCAGUCAGGCCCAAGUCUGCCUCCAGAGCCAAGGAGGCCAGGCAUUCAGAUUAUGGAGGAGUUACUGGCACCCUGGGCCCUCGGAAAGCCCAUCACCUGUCAGAACUGUCAGUCUGCUCCGCUUUAUCAAGCGCAUAUGACAGGAUUAAAGACCGGCAAAAAAAGCUACACGUGCUCAGAGAAGCCAUGGAUGUCGAUGAUCCUCUAAAAGUUCAUCGACGGUACCAUAGUGAUGCGUACAGCACAUCCAGUGAAAGCCCAUCUGUAAUUUCUUCUGACCCGGAUUACAGACAAGUGAGGAGACUUGAAGAUAAUCGAAGGUAUAGCUCUCAGGUAGUCCUUGCUGAUCAUGAUGUCGUAUCCCUGGCCAGUCAUGUAUCUCUCAGACACAGUAUGAAUAGGCAGUAUGAACUUCCCUCCGAAGAGAACCUGGUGAGUCAGGAAAUGAUGCUGAAGCGGCAGGAGCAGGAGAUGCAGAGGCUGCAGGCUCAGAUGGCUCACAGACUCAGCCUGUACCCAGGAGACCUGCCCAGGGCGUCUAUGUUGGACGUCACCAGAGACCCACUGCGUGACAUUGCGCUGGAAACCACUCGGAGGAAGCUGAAGAAUUUCUUUGGGCCUGAAUUUGUGAAAAUGACCAGCGAGCCACCUGUUACAUUGGAUGUCCCCACUUCAAUUCUGACUAAGAAAGGAAAGGGGGAAGAUCUUCGACGGAAAGUGAAUAUUCUGCUGUUGAGUGGACAGAAGCUGGAGCUAACAUGUGACACCAAGUCUAUCUGCAAAGAUGUGUUUGACAUGGUUGUUGCCCAGAUUGGUCUGGUGGAGCAUCAUUUGUUUAGUUUAGCAUAUCUGAAAGAAAAUGAGUUUUUCUUUGUUGAUCCGGAUCUAAAGCUUUCUAAAGUGGCACCAGAGGGUUGGAAAGAUGAUCCCAAAAAAAAGAAAACGGUCGUCAACUUUAACCUCUUCUUCCGCAUUAAGUUUUUUGUUGAUGACGUCAACCUUCCCAGGCACACACUCACGAAACACCAGUACUACUUGCAGCUCCGCAGGGAUAUCUUGGAAGAGAGGAUGCGGUGUGAUGAGGAGACCACAUUACUGCUGGCGUCACUAGCACUGCAGGCAGAGUUUGGUGAUUACCAGCCAGAGGUUCAUGGGAAAACCUACUUUAGACUUGAGCAUUAUUUAGCGACAACAGUUCUUGAGAAAGUGGACCAGUCUUACAUCAAGGAAGAGCUUCCAAAACUACACAGCACCUACUUUGGAGCUUCAGAGAAGGAAACCGAAUUUGAGUUUCUGAAGGUGUGCCAAAAACUGCCAGAGUAUGGGGUUCACUUUCACCGGGUGCUGCCAGAGAAGAAAUCUCAGACUGGGAUAAUGCUAGGGGUCUGCUCCAAAGGUGUCCUUAUCUUUGAAAUGCACAAUGGAGCUCGCACUCCAGUCCUCCGGUUUCCCUGGAGGGAAACAAAGAAGAUCUCUUUCACUAAAAAGAAAAUCAGCCUGCAGAACACGUCCGAUGAGAUAAAGCACUUGUUCCAGACAGACAGCAGCAAGACCUGCCAGUACCUCCUCCACCUCAGCUCUGCUCAGCACAAGUUCUACCUGCAGAUGAAAACCAGACAGAACAACCAGGAGCUCCAGGACAUCGGAAGUUCAUCACUGAACCACCUGAAUUAUCACAGCGGCUCAGCUGGAGUAUUGCCCAUGGGACGAACUAUGAGUACAGUUAGCCUGGCAACAAGCAAUAUGAGCAGGCCUUUCGAACAGCUGCAUACAGUACAAGCAGAGAGCCUCAAGAGAACGUACUGCUCUGACCUUUCACUGAACAAGCUGCUGCCGGGGAAGCCACAGUCAACAGUGGAGCCCACCAACCCUAGAGUGAUGAUGAGCAAGUCCUACCACAACCUUAGCCAGGUGCUGGAGUCUCCCAAGGGACAGGUCCCCCCCUACAACAGCCAGCCGCAGAGUAGCCUGAACAGAAUGCAUCUAGCAGCCAGCAUGGAGGGGCUCAGGACACUGCCUUCCCAUCACAGGGCAUGCUCUGAUACAGAGUCCAUCACAGUGGCAGGAAAGCCCAAUAAUCUUUUCAGUUCUAAAACCUUGGCAGGCUUGAAACGAAGCCCCGGCAAACGACAGCUGGAGUGUGACUCAUCCUCCUUUGAAGACACAGGACAGGCUUAUGUUAUAGGGGUAAGCAUGCACAGCUCGGGCAUGCCCUCAACACCUGGUCCGUUAAAUGCCAAUGAAACCCUGAAACAGAAACUCAGUGCCUUGCCUUCUGCUGAGAGGGAGAUUACACGGGUAAAUCUGAAGAAGGAUGUGAAAUACAGCCUGGGGUUUCAGAUAGUUGGUGGAGAGAACACUGGCAGAAUGGACCUGGGCAUCCUCAUCAGUUCAAUUACCCCGGGCGGCCCAGCAGACCUGGAUGGACACUUGAAGCCAGGAGACCGCUUGCUAUCAGUAAAUAACGUGACACUGGAGGGUGUUGCCCAUGAUGCAGCCGUGGAGAUACUACAGAAUGCCCCAGAUGAUGUCACACUGGUUGUUUCUCAACCAAAGGAGAGGCUUUAUCAAGAACCUUCUUCAGCCACAUCACAUCAUAAGACCAGGGGUCAUACAAGGUCACCUGGCAGAAGACAGGAACACGAAGAGGAAUCUUCAUCGGAAGAACACACCAGGCUCCAGGGCCACCAAAGAGCUACAUCUGAUGCAUCUUCCGUUGUGUCUUUGAGCAAGAGGAAAGGCAGCGUAAGCUCACAGGAUUCUAGAACUGAAAGCGCAAGCCUUCCUCAAAGCCAUAGCAAGGGUUUCAAUAGGAAUCAGGUUGCUGAUGGAUCUAUGCCACCACCUCCACCUUACCAUUCUGAAAGAACAGUUCCAGCAGAAAUGUUGUUACCAAGUGGAAGCAAAAGCAGAAAAUUAAGAAGUCCUGAAAAUAGCAAAGAUCUAGAUUAUUCAGAUAGAGGGGACUCGGACAUGGAUGAGGACACAUACUCAAGUAGUCAGGAGCAGCAAAUGUUAAAGGAGAUCUCUCCAGCCAGCACCAUAGGAAAAAUAAGAGGCAAUGCCCACCUUGUUAAUGAUCUCAAACCAGGAGAUUUAUUUGAAGUAGAAUUGUCUAAAAAAGACAACAGCCUGGGCAUAAGUGUCACGGGUGGGGUGAAUACAAGCGUAAGACAUGGUGGGAUUUAUGUGAAGGCUAUAAUUCCUAAAGGAGCAGCUGACCUUGAUGCGAGAAUUAGGAAAGGCGACAGAGUGCUUUCAGUUGAUGGAAAAGGUCUGGAUGGUGCAACUCACAAGCAAGCAGUGGAAACUUUGAGAGAAACAGGCCAGGUGGUUCACUUACUGUUGGAAAAAGGCCAGCUUCCUGCCACCAGCGUACAUGCUCCUGUGACCCCACAGUGCACCCCUCCUUGCAAGGCGGAUGGGCAGGCUGAACCUGAGGUGAACAUUGAAACCAUUACAACGGCCAAAGAUUACAGCUUUGUUGCUGAGGAUAAUGUGUUUGAGGUAACGCUGUUGAAAAACACCUCAGGUUUGGGAUUCAGUUUUUGCAGAGAGGAGAACCUACCCCAGGAGCCAGUAAACCCUAGCGUAGUGAGGGUGAAGAAGCUGUUUCCAGGGCAACCAGCUGCAGAGAGUGGCCGGAUUGAAGUGGGUGACGUCAUCCUGCGUGUCAACAACACAACCUUGAAGGGCUUAUCACAACAUGAAGUCAUAUCAGCUCUCAGGGGGACUACCCAGGAGGUUACUCUACUUCUGUGCAGACCUAAACCCGGAACCCUACCAAAUAUUGACCCUUCAUUACUGACUCCUCUAGCCUCCCCCAGAAAAGAGCCUCAAGGCAAGUCCGACUCAAGCCUCAACAGGAAUGUCCUGCCACAGGCAGACCUCAGUUACAGCUCGACUGAGGAGGAGGAGAAUGAUGAGGUCGAUAAUGGGGAGUUCCAGAGGGUCCAGCUGAAGUCUCCCUCCAGGCGAGAUAGUUACAGUGACAGUACAGACAAUGAUGAAGUGGGCAAGGCCUUCAGCCCAUCCCAAAAGAAGAGCAGUGAAGUCUGGGAUCCCAGCAUCUACCAGACCCCAGGCAAUACCCUGGCCUUCCCAAGCUCUCGAUAUGAAACCCCACGCACCCUGGAAGACACAAUGUGCACGGUUUACUACUCCCCACAGCACUCACCCAGCAAGCCAGAGUUUAACCACAGCAACCCCCCAUCCCCAGUACCUCCAGAUCAACCGGAGCAUGAGGUUCCCUCUCCCACCCCUCUCGAUGAUCACUACAUCAGCUCCAGUUCAGGCUCCCAGAGCCCAACAUCAGUGCCACACCAGCACGAGGGGGAAGUGACAUCACCCCUUCAGCACCAGUACUUCAACAAUGUGGAAGAGAUUGGGGAAUUUGAACCUGAAGUUGAGCUUCAUGUCUCAUUAAUUAAAUCGGAAAAGGGCAGCCUGGGCUUCACCGUGACGAAAGGAAGUGAUGAUAUCAGCUGCUAUAUUCAUGACAUCAUACAGGACCCCGCAAAGAGUGAUGGGAGGCUCAGGCCUGGAGACAGGCUGAUAACGGUUAAUAACACAGAUGUCACCAACAUGAGUCAUACCGAAGCUGUGAAUUUUCUCAGAACUACGUCGAAAGUAGUUGAUUUAGUCUUGGGUCGUGUCCUGGAAAUCCCAAAGCCUCCAAUAGAGCUCCAUAUGCUACCAGAUAUUACACUGCAGUGCCAAGGAGGAGCAGAGCUCGGGUUGAUGCUGGGGGGAGGCAGUGACAGUCCAUAUCAGGUUAUAUAUAUUGCAGAUAUUGUGCCGGGUUCAUUUACUUCAAUGGAAGGAAGCCUGAGACAACUCGACCUCAUUCAUUACAUUAAUGGUGUUUCUACUCAAGAGCUGUCUCUCCGAGAGUCAGAGAGGCUGCUGGAAUUACCACUUCCCACCGUUAUCCUGAAAGCCACAAGAGAUGGGCAGCCAGUGAUCCCAGUUGCAAAACAGUUUUUGUCUUUGAACAAUAAUCUUAGUCCAAAAAUAAAUGGCUCCACUAAUGUUAAUGGAUAUCCUCAUGGAGAGGACAGCAGCGAGUCUGAGGGCGGUGUUAUUCAUCUUGAACUCAAUAAACCAGCCACGGGGGGGCUAGGGUUUUCUGUGGUGGGCGGAGAAAAGGGUUUUUUUGUAAAGUCGAUCACUCCAGGAGGUAUAGCUGACACGACAGGAGAUUUACAAGUUGGAGACAAAUUGCUACAGGUGAAUGGUGAAUCAAUGAUUGGGGUCUCCCACACCAAGGCUGUAACAACGAUCCGCAAAGCUAAAGGGCUUGUGCAGCUGUCAGUGUUCAGAUCUCCUCCCCAGAGUGAGAAUCCAUAUCUAAUGAUGAACGCUGUUAAAUACAAUGGCAAUCCAGAUGGUCGCGUUGAUAUUGACCACGAUGGUAAUGUAGUGCAGUUCUUACUGAAAGACAUCCAGCAUGGGGUUGAGAAACGUCAGGCACAGAACACAGAGAAUACCUCCCCAGGUAUUUUCACUGCAGACUGUGCUUCCCAGCUGCCUGAGGUGAUGAAGACUGAAGACGAAGGUCUUCAGUCCGAGGACACGGACUGCGAUGGUUCGUCUUUGCCAGAGGACUCUCCUGAGACUUCAAGAAGGAAUGGCUGUAGAAAAAAUGUUAUUGAGGUCCCAGCCCCAGACAGUUCUGAGAAGCCUCCUGAACAGGCGCAAAUGGGGAACCCAGAUGAGGAUGAAAUUACCUGGGGGAGCGAUGAGCUUCCCAUCGAGUCUCUACAGCAGCACCCAACCGAAGAUGGCCCUAUCAUUACUGAAGAGGAGCUCACCUCCCUGCCUCUUGUCAGAGUCGUUCAUGAGGGCCGCUUCACAGGCUCCAAGCUGAAGGGUGUCAUUCGGAUGCUGCGGGGCCUGUUGGAUCAGAAAGUUCCCCUGGAAGAGUUUGAGAAUCUUCAGAAUUUGCAACCGUUAGAUGAGUGUUUAAUUGGGCAAACAAAGGAGAACAGAAAGAAGAACAGAUACAAAAACAUUCUUCCAUAUGAUGCCACUAGAGUCUGUUUAGGAAACCAUGGAGGCUACAUCAAUGCCAGUUUUAUUAAAAUGCUGGUGAAAGAUGAAGAAUUUGUUUAUAUUGCUUGUCAAGGACCCCUCCCUAAUACACUGGCAGACUUCUGGCAAAUGGUUUGGGAGCAAAAGUCGAAUGUUAUUGCCAUGAUGACCCAGGAAGUGGAAGGGGGAAAGGUCAAAUGUCAGCGUUACUGGCCUGACACACCCAGGACUGCAGCUAUGGUGGACAACAGGCUUCAGCUAACACUGCUUAAACACCAGCAUCUGGGCAAUUUUAUUCUACGGCUCAUUGAGUUGAAAGAUGUGCAGACUGGUGAAAUCCAACAUGUAACUCAUCUGAACUUUACUGGCUGGCCAGAUCAUGGAACCCCAUCACAACCUGAACAAUUACUCACCUUUAUCUCCUACAUGAGGCACAUUUAUCAGUCAGGGCCAAUAAUCACUCAUUGCAGCGCAGGGAUUGGACGAUCAGGAACUCUCAUUUGCAUAGACGUGGUCCUGGGCUUAAUCAGCAAAGAUGUUGAUUUUGACGUUUCGGACGUGGUACGGACAAUGAGACUGCAGCGACAUGGGAUGAUCCAGACAGAGGAGCAGUAUGUUUUCUGCUAUCAAGUUAUCUUAUAUGUGCUCAGAUGCCUUCAAGCUGAAGAGAAUAUCUCAGGAUAGCCAAUGAAGACUUGAAAUUGUGCUUACUAUAAAGUCACCAAGAUUUAUUUUUUAUAUAAAAUAGUUGCCUUGAAAAGUGCACUCAUACAGACACACACACACACAUAUAUAUA